GUUGUGUUUUUAGCCAUUACAGGCAUUAAUGUUGAUGGGAUAGGGAAGUUGUUUUUACGACAGUUCAUAUCAAAAGUCGGCUCACGAUGCCGGUGUGUUUGCGGACCUCAGCAUGGGCCCUCGCUUUCUCGGACUUUCUCUGCAGGAAGAGACAACUCGUCCUCCGGUCCACAAAGGCAGCACAUCACUCAAACUGCAUCGGUGUUUUUCAGAAAAACGUACAGCCUAGUCGUAUAAUAAACCCCUUUACCGCACCGCGGACAGGCCCCGGCCUUACUCCCACAUUCGGCUCCGGUUUUGACGUUCAGGUGUCCAGAAGAAUCAGCAUGUCGUCCUCCGCGAUGUCCCAGAGAAUGGUUUGGGUGGACUUGGAAAUGACAGGCCUUGACAUUGAGAAGGACCAGAUCAUUGAAAUGGCAUGCAUUAUCACAGACUCUGACCUGAACGUUUUGGCUGAGGGGCCCAACUUGAUAAUUAACCAGCCAGAUGAGUUGCUGGACGGGAUGUCAGAGUGGUGUAAAGAGCAUCAUGGAAAGUCAGGACUGACCCAGGCUGUACGGGACAGUAAAAUCACCCUGGAACAAGCAGAGUAUGAGUUCCUGUCCUUUGUCAGACAGCACACCCCGCCUGGACAGUGUCCUCUUGCUGGUAACUCUGUGCAUGCAGACAAGAGGUUCCUGGACAAGCACAUGCAGCAGUUUAUGUAUCACCUUCAUUACAGAAUCAUUGAUGUCAGCACCAUCAAGGAGCUUUGCAGACGGUGGUUUCCAGAGGAGUACAAGAUGGUACCUCACAAGACAGCCAGCCACAGAGCCUUGGACGACAUACGGGAGAGCAUUAAAGAGCUGCAGUAUUACAGAGCCAACAUCUUCAAAUCAUCAACAGAGGAGAAGAAGCGUAAGAUUGUAGAAAAUGGAGGCAGCACCAAAAGUUAGCACGCACAUGAGAGUAUGCAGCCCUCAGUGUUGUGUCGCUGUAAUCAGUUUGAUCAUCCAGGAGACUGAAGUGACUGUCUUCAUUGAUUUUACUUUGUUUGUAUUUAGGUGACCAAUGAUCCUUUGUUCCAGUAUUGUUCAAAAGUUAAACACAGAGGUUUCAUCAAAGGGAAGCAUGAUUGUGUUAACAGUUUAUUUCUAAGAAUUUCUUUCCUCCCAGGUUGAAAUGAGUAAUACUUGAAUGUGACCUUUGGUAGUUUGCAGUUUUGCAGACAUCUUUAAUCGGGGUUUGAUUUGAAAUUUUCACUUGUUUUAAGUAUGUGUGCUAAAUAUAUUUUCUGAGUGUGGUGUUGAUUGACACAACUGUCCAACAGUGCAAUGCAAUGAAAAUAAGUGCUGGAUUAUGUCACAGCUGGAAUAUUAAACAUUUUACAUUGUGAAGUAACAUUGAAAACCAUUUUGUCUUCUUGUUAUUAAAUCUGCAAAUUAUGUACGAGAGUGAUUGCCAUCUGUAAACAAGUAUCAAAAACAUAAAUAAAUUCUAGUCCAUUAUUACAAAA